CCCUAUGUUUGCUGCAAGUUGCAACAACUCAGCGCCGAGCAUCAACUGCCUUUAGUCCCGGCCUUGAGAUCCACCAUUGCGCUUUUGCUCCGGGACCCGGCUGCUAUUCCUGUCGUUUCCUCGUGCUCCCGAGAGCCCGCUGUUCUCCAUGCCCCUCCUGCUUCUCACCCCAAUGUCUUGAAUCUCGGCCCCCCAAGAGUAGGGGUGCCACAGGGGUGCAGUUCUGUCGGCGGGCGAUCAAGCGUGAGCCAAGAGCGAGCCAGCAACCCCGGUACCCUCCUGUACGUGGGGUGGGAUGUAUGUACCUCUUAUGCAGGAGGUUGACCACAUUGCAGCAGACCCGACCUAGACAUGACCAUCUCUUUUAUCUUCUGCGUCCUCCCACCCAAACUUUUGUUCCCUUUUCGCUUCAGCCGCGCCCUCCCCCUCCUAGGUGUGACACGACCUUACUGCCGGCUGCCUGUCCGUCCUCUCGGUUGUGCGGUGUGUUUCUCGACAUGAGAUUGGCUUUCCAUCAGUCAAGUUGAAUGGACUGGUAAAGAGUGGAAGAAGUGCGAAAGAGGUCGGCAAGUUGCUGGCUGAGGUAUCCUUAACCCCAGUGAGGGUCUAAGUCGUCCUCACCUCCUCGAACCGACUCCGGUGUCACUCCAAGUCCACAACCAUCUCAAGUUUCUGACCUCGCUGGGAGUUGCUCAGCUCAGCGGGUGGCCAUUUGGCUUACAAUGAACAAUCCUCGCGAUCCAACCCGGUUGCGCCAGGGUCUCAAUCCGCUAUUAACUCAGUCUUUGGGUGCAUACCACAACCAGGUCAACACGCCGCUGUCAGCAGUGUCCUCAUCGCACUUACACUCGGCUGCCCACACUCCUGCAAGCGCAAUACAGCCUUAUAAUCCACAAGAAUGGAUAGCUUCACCUGCUGCCGGGUCCGAAAGGUCCCAUCAAUCACAUCAGUUCCCUGAGCAAGGAUCACCACUACCUCCGCCUCCGUAUAGUCCACCGCGAAGCCAACGACCACAGAGCGGCUUCUUCGAGUCCUCACCAGCGGCGAAUACUUCGGCAGCACGGAUUCCUCCUACAAACGUUCAUAGGCCGUCUCCGGAGCCUUCAACAAACACAUCAUUUCCUCCUCCACCGGGAGCCGGAGGUCGGACAAGCUCACGCGAAAGGCGCUUCGGGUUUCAUUCCCUGAGACGGAGCAGAGAGUCCCAAGAAUCAAGUCCUCCAGAGCCGAUGCCGCCUAUGCCUAUGCCGAUAUCAAGGCCAACCCCUCUUCAGAUCCAGAUCCCACACCCAAUGCCACAUCACAAUGACCCGAACUCAUCACACGGCCCGCCCGGUGCCCGAAGAGCUGCUUCCGCAAGUGCAGUCGAGACACCGACUUCAGCUCGCUCACGUUCGGCGUCUCAGUCAAGAUGGGAACCAGGAAUGCCCCUCCCGCCGCCACCUCCGGUCCCACCACCAGCUUCGUCUCGGUCACAGAGCGUGCAGAGCGGGCCGAGAACGACUACACCCGUGGCUUCACCGCCCACAAGGCGCCCUCCGCCAACCGGCGUUGCAGCCCUUGGACCAGUACCUCCGACUCCUGCAGACUGGGUUGAUCAGCCCGAGGAACCUAGUAGCUCAUCACAACGGAGACACUCUCCAAAGUUGACCAUCGAUACUGCUAGUGCUGCGAGCUCUACACAGACCGGAGAAUCAAGCAAUUCCGGCGCAUUGAGCUCUGGUGGCAGUCUAAGUCGGGCGAGAGCAGUCCGCCACGACAAGACCAUCGUUCAGCGCCGAGCUGAGAGCCGGACCAGACCGCAUAACUCGAUAGAUGGGACCAUCAACCCGGUCCAGCUCAACGACAUUGUUGUUCCGAAUGAGAACACACUUUCUCGUAGGUUGACUAUCAACAGAUCAGGACCAAGAAGCGGGGGACGGACAUCGAACGACACGCCUCGGACUGAUGAACAAUCGACUACACCGCGGGCACCCGGGUCGUCAUCGUCACGCAGUCGAAUUGAGGCGGCAACACCGCCGUUUUCACCUCAUCCGUCAAAGGGCACGCCCAUGAUGGAUGGAUCGCCAAGCGUCUUACCCAAGGCGCUGCCAACACCGCCGCCGCAGACUCGAUCGGCAUCGAGCUCUCAAACAAGAUUCAGCUCAAUGACACCUGCCGAUGGCCCUCCAUCAGCAUCCAUCUCAUCCACAAAGCAUAUUGUCAUCACGCAAACUGCGGAUCAGUUUUGCUGUGAAACUAUUGAGCGAUUCCAGGCAUUCGCCACUCAAGAGUCCACUGCGGCCACCGAUGCCGAGCGUGUUCGCAUGUUUGCCGACUUCAUCGUCAAUGAGUCGAGGAUCAGGCGAGAGAGGUACUCCUCUGCCAUCGGUGCCAUGGGCUCGGAGAUUUUUGAUCUGACGAGGGAUCUCUUCCGCCCCAUGGUCACACGGCGGGAGUCGGCAGCUUCACAGGCUGAGUGGACGCCCCAGUCAUCCGAACCAACGCGAUCCCAUCGCGGAUCGAUGAACUCGGUCUAUCGCGAGACGCCCGGGGAGUCCAGCUCCGCUCCUACGUCAGCCAACGUUCCGGGCUCACCCAUUGUGCCAUCGGCAAAUAACCCAAAUUACUCUUCCAACUACAUGCCGUCGCUCUCUCCGAUAUUGAGUCUCAGCGUGAGUGACAACCAUGACGAUGGAGAUUCCCGGGGCCGACCUGCCAGUAGGUGGUGGGAGGCAGACUCUUCAGGGGCAGGCGGGAAAUUUGUCGAGAGGUCCAAGAGAGAAUCCAAGUACAUGGGCGUGCCAAAGGAAGCUCACGAAGCCUUGCAAUGGGAGGACAGCCCGCAAGCGGGCCCCAGUAACCCGAGAUCUUCGGGCGAGUAUCCGCCCGAAAAGACAGGCUGGCAUGAGAUGGAGCCCGUGGUCACACCGCAGCCGCUCCGGUACUCCUCAGAAUCCCUUGGGUCCUCAGCUUCGCCCACGACGCCAAACCCAGCCCACCUGGACGUCUCUCGACUGGUGACCCUUCCGCCGCCGUAUCCUCGUCAUCAUCCAGCCGUCAACAAUAACCAUCCAGAAUUGACCGAGACUAGAGUAGCCGUUCGCCAGAUCAGCGACCUCUCCCAGAUUGAAACUACAAAAGAAAGAUUUCAAGUUACCAGCACGAAGAAGCGCGAGGAAGCCGCAAAGGCAUCCAUUGAGAGGCGAAAUGCUUUACGCUCCAAUUUACAGCAGGAAAUCAACGCCGGCAACAUUUCGUUUGCCGAUGCGUCGACCAUCGAAGAUGACUCGGUGGCAGCCGAAAAGGAGAAGCAGAAGGAGCUGGGCAAGACAGAAUUUGAGCAGUUCCAGAGCCAGGUCGUCAUGCCCCUCAACGACCUCAUCACCGGCCGCAUCGCCCAGGCCACGACCCUCUUUGACAAGCUGGCGGGAGGGCUCUUCGACGACGUCGCCAGCGCCGCCGACAUGCCCCAGGAAGAAGGCGACGACAAGCCCGAGCUCCUGGAGAAGCUGACACUCCUCAAAUGGAUCUUUGAGGCUCGCGAGAUGCUGCACCGCGCCAUCUUCGACGUCCUCACAGACCGCAACAACCGCUACCGCGAUGUCGUUCUCACGCCCUACCGCCUGGCCGGCAACGAGGAGAAGCUCCAAAACGCCGUCGCCUUCUUCGCCGAGGACGCCGCGAAGCGGCAGCUGGCCUUCGCGCACGAGGUCUUUGCGCGCACGCAGGAGUUCCAGGCCGUCAUGGAGCGCAAUGUCAUGCGCGGCGUUGAGGUGCAGCUCUCCGCCUUUUGGGACAUUGCGCCGCCGCUGUGUAGGCUGCUCGACAAGAUCGCCCCCGCCGACCCGGAGGCCUUGCACAUCCAGAUCCCGUCGGCCGAGUACGACGAGAACCCAUCGUACCGCCGGCACCCGCUGCAGUACCUCUUCAGCCUGCUCCUGCACACGGAGAAGAGCACGUACCAGUUCAUCGAGUCGCAGACGAACCUUUUGUGUCUGCUACAUGAGGUCAAGGAGGCCGUCACGCACGCAAAGGCAAAGGUUGUGCAGAACGAGAUGGACGACGGGCGGGGCAGGGAGUUUACCGCCGAGGAGCGCGAUGCGCGCGCGCAGCGUCUCCGCGACGAGGAGGGACGCAUGCUGACGGACGACUUGAAGGAAAAGGUCCGCGUCGUGCAGGACCAGUGGACGAGUGCGCUGGGUGAGAAUAUCAAGAAUGUGAAGCAGAUGUUGGGGGAGUAUCUGCUCGAGACGGGCGGGUGGGAUGAGACUUUGGAGGAGGGCGGCGUCGGCAGCGUCUAAAUGAGCUUUUGCAAUAGACGAGAGAGAAGGACGUCAGAGAGAGGUUGGGUAUGACUUUUCUUUCUUCAUUAUAUAUCUUCACGGCGACGAAGACGUUGAUACCCCUUUGCGUAUAACGACUCUUGUUUACACUUCUUGUAUAUAUUUUCCAAGAAAACUCUAGGUAUGGGGGUUUUUGUGAACCACGAAUUAGCUAGACAUGGCACGAAGACAUGAUAUUGAACGGCAUGCGAUUUUCAAAAAGCAUUUCCAAAGUGAAUCGUAGUGUUUUUUGAUAUCUUGUUUCCUCUCCAUCAUUGUGAGAGAUGUUCUCUGCGCCCAUUUAUACAGUAAUAUCUUUGGUACAACACAUUCCCACCUCAACGCCUGUUAUAUUACAUUUACAAACACGGCGCCUCCCACCCUUGGAAUAGCGGCCAUGUGCCUUGUAUAUUUGUUUUCUUGUUCUGCCUUCGCUAGGUGCCGAAAACGAACUGCGCAAGCAACCAGCAAAGGCAGAAACAAAAAACAAAUAAACACGGCACAUGGGCAUUCAUUCUUCCAACAGUGGGAGGCGUCCUUUGCCGUCCCACGAUCUUGUGCUUUUGUAUCCCCCUUCAAGGGUUUCCUUGAUUCGACAGCAUCUCCCUCACUUCCAGUCGACAACCGUUUCAAUAUCAUUUCGUACAGCCGAGCUUCGUAAUCGACCCGUUGACCCGUUCACCGUGAUCAUCUCUUCAAACCAUCCAUCUCGAUCCUGAAGAUCUCUCCCUUCUCUGUCAGAAAAGGCUCUCUGACGAGAUCCCACAUCCCAUCGCCGAUAGUAGGGAACAAGCGCUUUUAUUUAUUCUCCAACCGGUCCCUAAACUCCUUGGGCAGAUCCAUGCCGACCCUCCGCGCCGUCAAGCGCACGCGCUCCUCCUCGUCCAUGUUCAUGCCGGGGUUGUAGCGCUCGAGGAGCGUGACGUAGGUGCGCUGGGCGCGGAGGUAGGCGGCGAACUGCUCGGCCUCUGCGGCGUCGGCGGCAGCGCGGGAUGAGUCUUGCUUUGCGGCGACCGGGGCGGCGGCGAAGCUGGUGCGCAGGCGGUUGUGGAUUGCCGAGCGCUCGCGGGCGAGGACGGGUCGGGGCGGGAGCUCGCGGAGGAGGGAGCGGUAGAGGGAGCGGAGGUGGGGGACUGUGGUCAUUUUGGCUGUUUUCCUCUAUUGAUUUGCUGUUGUUCGGAUGUUUCAGAGGUAUGUGGAGAAGAUUAGAGCAAUGGCGGAGGAGGUUGUGGUGGUGGUGGUUGAGGUGUUGGUGGUGGUGAAGAUGCGACGGGAAUUUUUUGGAUUGAAGCUUUGCAAUGCGAGCAUCGAAAUCCGAGGCCGGGGUCCUCCUUUCGUUGGAGCUCUCCCGAUGCGUUCAGCGGGUGUUAAUGUGGGUCACCGUCCCUGGCGGG